AUUAAAACGUGAAGCUAGACUACCCUUAAUGAGUGAUUAUAUUUAAUUUCCUCCACCUACGCGCUUAUUCGACCCCGCCGUCAAACGAGAAGUAAUUUCUGGCUUCCCAUACGACCGGCUGAGCCCCACAAUCCAUAUGUAGUAAACAGUGUGAUGGGGGGCACCGGAUCUCUUUUAUCGUUCAAAACAAGAAGCUAUUCUUGUAGAAGACGAAAGUGGGACGUAUCCUGAGAAGAAUGAGGUAACUAUAUUGUUCCACUCCAAGGAGUCACUGCAGGGGAAUUUCUGUUGGGCUCAUCCUCAAACACGUAAUUGGACUACGUCGUGACAUGUUGCCGCUCAUCACCAUUAAUUCAAACCAAGUGUGAGAUCAUUGCGAAGCUCGAAAAGACUACAGUCUAUGUAUACAUUUGAGUACAAAUAUCAUGCUUGCAGCAUAACUCGCCGCAUGAUCUCAAGAUCUGUUAUUGCCUCCUGGGGCAUACCGCGGCUGUCCAUCAUUUCCAACGCAACCUAUUCGACGUUGCGUCGGAUGGAUGAUUUCCCAUAUACCUCAACUAUUGACGCAGAGCCUCUUCACCGCUACCAAAAAGGCGGCUACCAUCCCAUGACGUUAGGAAGUUUUUUGGAUAACAAGAGAUACAAGAUACUGCACAAAUUAGGGUGGGGAGGCUACUCGACAGUUUGGGCUGCAAGAGAUCUCAGAGAAGAAACGUAUGUUGCUAUCAAGGUGUCCAUUUCUGAAAGAACGGAUAGUGAGAUAAAUCGAGAACUCGACGUCAUGAAGAAGUUGGCAUCUAUACACCCAAGCCCUCAACACUUCAUACGCAUGCUUGAUGAUUUUAACUUAGAGGGUCCGAACGGGACCCAUAAGUGCCUCGUUUUCGAGCUCCUAGGACCAAAUAUCCCUGAUAUGAUUGAUGCGCGCUUUCCUGAUGGCAGGCUUCCAGCGCAGCUUGCAAAGGCCAUUGCAAAACAAGCGCUUUUUGGACUUGACAUUUUGCACCAGCAGAAUAUUGGACACGGAGACUUUCAUACUCGCAAUCUAGCUUUUGCCAUGCCUUGUAUGGACAUAUCUGAGGAGGAAUUUAUUGAACUCCUAGGAACUCCAGAGAUCGGCUAUGUCGAAAGGGGCGAUGGAAAAGCUCUAGAGCCUAACAUACCAGAGUACAUCGUCAGGCCUGCCUCAUACCGGACAUUUCCUUGGCCGUCGUCGAGUUCAAUCAAGAUUGUUGACUUCGGUGAAUCAUUUUUGCACACGACUAUCCCUCAGACUCUUCACACCCCACUACCGGUCCGAGCACCUGAGGUUAUUUUUGGAGACCGUUUGGAUUAUCGUGUGGAUCUGUGGAGCAUGGGAUGUAUGCUCUUUGAGCUUUUUGUUGGCCAACAGCCCUUUGAUAGCUUCUUAAUAACACCCACGAUACUCGUCGGUCAAAUGCGAGAAAUGGCAAGCGAUGCUCUACCUGAGAGAUGGCAAGAGGCAUGGAAGACAAUGGAUGAUAAAGCUGCCACCAAAGAAUCAGGACCCUCGUUGCAACAGUGGUUAGAAGACAUGUAUUUUGACGGUGAACGGAAGGAAGAUUUGACGAAGGAAGAUAUAGCUAAGCUGGCGCAAAUUAUUGGAAAAUUGCUGCGGUUUGAGCCGUCUACCAGGGCGUCAGCGAAGGAAAUUUUAGAUGAUCCUUGGUUUAAUGGUACCUAAAUUAAUAGGUUAUUUAUCACGAUUUACUAAUGCAAAUCAUGCAGAUUUUCAUAUCCUAAAUAUAUCAACCAUAAAAUGUCCCG